AGGAAGAGGGGAAAACAAUUCAAGAAAGUAAAGUGGACUCCCUAAGCAAAACAUUUUCUACUACUGAAUUAUCAAACAGAAAUAAACAGGAUGGCUCACCUGGAAGAAGCAAAGAAACGUGGGUGUCUCUCCCACCGCAGAUGCCAAAUGAGAAUGAGUCAGUGAUGAAUGAGAACUGGAAAGCUGGUGGCUCUGACAGAAAUUAUCUCAGUCUGUCUGAAAGAGUGAAGGUGGGCAACUUAAAUUUGGAAGACAUAGACACAGAUGAAGAGACAUGCAGUGCAGGGUCACUAGUUCUCCCAGGAGAGGUGGAACAGACGGUGACUUACUGUACACCCUUUUUUGAUAAGCCUGUUCAACUGAAGUUCAGAACCUUGUCAGUUCCACAGCCAUCAGACAGCAAAGCCCAAGAGCUACUAGGGGAUGAUGUUCAACCGUUCUCACUUGAUGAAGAAUUUGAUUAUGACAAUGUGGCACUGACCCCUAAGUUCUCUGAAGCUGAACUGAAGGCCAUUAUAGAAUUGUCUGAAGAGAAGAAAACGGGGACAGAUGUCAAGUCAGCAUGA